AUGCCCCCGCCCCAGGUCCCGCGUGGAGCUGCCCUGGAACAACAUCAGGAAUAUUGUCCUACGAUAGUGGAUUCACAACAUGUAUCAUUUCAACAACAUCCAUUAUCAACAAAUUCAUAUAGAAAAACAAUAAAUGAUCCAUUACCACCAUCGGAACCACGACUCAGACCCGUGCUAAUGAUAUCACAUACAACUUUGUUGAUAGAACAAGUUCGUCAAUUCCAACAUGAACUUAAACAAGAAAAAUCAAAAGUUGGCCGCCUUCAGGAGGAGAAUGCAACUCUAAAGCAUUCCAGCUCGUCUACAUCAAAUAAACACUCAUGCACUCAAACAAUUGAUGAAUGUUCCUCUGGAAUUUGGGAUGAAAUAAAUCUUAAUCCCAAAGCUGCCAUCAAGAAGUCAAAGAAAUCGAGAAAAUCAUUAAAGAAACUUGAUCGACGUCCAUCACCAUCCGUAUCAACUGGUGAUGAAGAGAUGACACCAAAACAUCAUUCACAAAAAUCAACAAAAAUUUUACAACCACCUACGACACCUAUGUUGAAUCUAACGAUGUCCAUACCCGAUAAUAUUACAAAAUUCGGAGGGACAACAAAAGAGGCUUCAGGCAGAUUCAUUAUAGAAUAUCAACAAAAAGCCAGAACUGCCUAUGGAUGGUCAGAUCAAGCAACACUCAACGGAAUUAGUUUGGAAUUCCGGAAUUAG